UUUUUGAACGAUUGACAUUUAAGAUUCUUUUUUGUAUUAUAAAUUUCCACAUUUACAACUAAAAACGGUUCUGUUUAUGUAAUCUCCAAUAUGUAAAACACAUUUUAGUAUACAAACAAAAAAAUAUAAUUGCAAUACUUAAAUGGAAGUAUCGGCGACAUCUGUCUGGUAAACAAAAAAAGCGACCAAAUCAUCGUAUUUUUUUGUGUUAGAUUAGCUUUAUCGUUCGAAUUUAAAACACAUUUUCUCCUAUUUUAUAAAAAUACAAAUAACGUUAUCAGUACCUUUAUAAAUAUCGCUUACGACAGUAUUAUUGACGAUCAGCAAUAUGUUUCUAACGAAUAAGUGAAUUAUGUAGUUUCAGUUCUACUUUCCAAGGUGUGGUGAUAACAAAAAUAUUUCACCGAAUGUAUUUGUUGGUAAUAUCGAAAAAAACAAAAAUUGUUUGUACUUUUUGCGGUCGUGUUAAAAAUAACGAUGAGUGAAGGAAUGUCGGAAGACGUGGUAAAAAAUGGCGCGUUAUCGAUCAGAGGUGUUACAACAACAGAAACUUCGGAUUAUACGGGGGACGUUAGUGAUUUUAGUGAUUCCGUUGUAAAUGACGAUAAUGUGAUAGAUUCUUUUAUGCAAAGUACUAGCGAAGAAGCAGAGGCACGGUUAUGGGCGAAAAGACAAGCCAGAGCGGAAGCGAGAGAGAUACGCAUGCGCGAAUUGGAAAGGCAACAAAAAGAACAAGAAGAAAACGCCGACAGACAAUUCGAUAUGUUAGCUUCCGAACCGACUUCCUUGGUGAGGACUCCAAGGAGUGCCGGUACUCGGUAUCUGUCAAGUCGAAGGAGCUCCGAAGAUUCGUUGGAAGACGGCGGAAGUUUAAGAGAUUUAAGGCACGAAUUGAAAGAAGUCGAGGAAAAAUUCCGGAAAGCCAUGAUAGCAAAUGCGCAGCUAGACAACGACAAAACUGCGCAGACGUAUCAAUUAGAACUGUUAAAAGAUAGAUUGGAAGAAUUGGAGGAAGAUCAUUCGCAAUUAAAAAGGGAACACAGAGAUAAAUGUCGUGAAUAUCAAACGUUAAAAAGUUUAUGCACUAAAUUGAAAGAUGAUUUAGUACUGACGAGGUACGAACUUGAGGAACGGGAUCGACUGAUAACCGAUAAGGGAUUAGUGAUAGUAGGAGAAGAACUCCCACCGGACGAAGAUGGUACUCAGCAUCCCCCGAAGAAAGCAUUAGUCAGCGUCGAAAAUGCCCAUCUAUUAGAAACGGCCGGUGAUGGAAGUUUGGAUGUUCGAUUAUCGAGAUUCCUGAAGGAGAAAACUGAACUUCAGGAUCAAAUUAGCCAUUUAAAACUAGAAUUAGAAGAAGAGAAAAAUAAGAGAAGGAAACCGAGUUCGAGUGGAAUUUUGAACGGACCCUCUUCGGAUUAUGACUUCGAUGAUAUACAAAGAGAAGCCAGUAAACAAUUAUCUGAUUGGAAAUUUAGGGCUCAGAAAGCGGAACAGGAUGUAGCGACGUUGCAAGCUACUGUAGCCCGAUUAGAAAGUCAAGUUAUUAGGUAUAAAACAGCUGCUGAAAUUUCGGAACAAUCCGAAGAGGCUCUUAAAGCUGAAAAAAGGAAACUUCAACGAGAGGCAAGAGAUGCUCUUAGUCGAGCCGAAGAAUUGGAAACUUCAAAUACCCAUUUAUUAAAGAGAUUAGAUAAAUUAAAAAAUGCAAAAUCGGCCUUACUCAAAGAACUAUAGUUGACCCUACUUAUUUAGGUAUUAUAAUUUAAUUUUAUAGAAAAAUACCCGUCGCAGUUUUGCUUUUUUUAGUUUUACAAAAAUCGAAACGUAAUUUAAUCGGAAUACAGUUUCCGUGUGUAAAAAUAAGUUUCGAAUAAUUUAUUAGAAAUUGUGUCAAUAUUGUCUGUAUUUAAUUGUUAAUUUAAUUAAUAUUACCUAGCACUAGGUGUUGAAAAAUCUUAAUUUUCCAAAAAAAUAGAAUUUUUUCAUAAUUCGAACCAUAAUCAAGUUGCAAUGGAACGGGCUCUCAUAUAUCAAGGUUAAUAAACAUUAUUUUAACAUUACUAAAAUCAAAAUGUCUUUAAAUUAUAUUUUAAACCGUCACUCUUGUUUCCUUAAUAUUUUUUGUAAAUAUUUUUAAUUUUACCUGACCCCAGGAUUCGAAUUGUCCAUUUAAAAAUUUUAUUACAUAUUUAUUGUUACCGCUGCUUCUUUUUUUGUACUUUUAAUAAUAGUACAAUUGAGCUACUGGUAUAUAUUUCUGUAAUAGCCGUUUCAUAGUUAUAACUUCUAAAAAAAAUUAGAGAAAGCUGCAUUUAAUACAAAAAAUGAUUUUAUGAUCAAAAUGCCUUUUCAAAAGAUAUGUUAAAUCAUCAUUUUUGUUUUUAUUACUCCCUGUUUCUUUUUUGUGUACUGAUUGCUUUUGUUGAUGGUACAAUUGAACUACUGGAACAAUCUAUAGUUAAAAUCGUUGAAAAAUUUAAAGAAAACUGUUUCUAGUACAACUAAUUUUCUUAUUUUAACACAACUAGAACUAAAAAUGAUUUUUUAUCAUCAAAAUAUCUUUUUAAAUGAUAUGGUACAAUUGAACUACUGGAACAUAUUUCUAUAAUUUCCAAUCCAUAGUUAAAACCGUUGACAAAUUUGAGGAAAACUGCUUCUAGUACAACUAAUUUUCUUAUUUCAACACAACUAAAGCUAAAAAUUAUUUUUUCAUUAUCAAAAUAUAUUUUAAAAUGAUAUUUUACAUCAUAAUUCUUGUUUUUGUUACCCACUGCUUCUUUUUUUGUGUAUCGAUUGUGCUUUUGCUAAUGGUACAAGUCCAAUCCAUAGUGAACCGUUGAAAAUUUUGAGGAAACUGCUGAUGAGAUGAACAAAACCCAUCCUCAUCACCUUAACGACCCUAGACACAAGAUAACUUUGAUAAAAGAGUUUCAUGAUAUGCUAAAGUUUCAUUUAUUGCAUUGGAUAUUCAAAUAGAAGUUUCCCUACAUCAUAAGACAAAUUUUAUUCACCGAUAAUAAUAAUUACUCAUUCUUAGUGUUAAACAGCUUUCACACUCAAUCAGGAUAAUUUAUAUCCUUAAUUUAUGCCCAAAAGUAUUACGCAAACUAAAUCUUAUAAAAUCGUUUUUUUUUUUUAUAUAUAUUGUGCUUCAUAUAGAGAUACCAAAAAAAAUUAGUGAAUAAUAUGCUUUUUUUUAUAUGAAUGGCUCAAUAAAAAAAUUAAAACAAGCUCAAUGUGAUUGACCAAAAUCUAGACUCAACGUUCAAUAUUUUAAAUACGUAACUUUCAUCCCUUUGAUACUAGUCUAGAAAUUGAUCGGUUAACUAGCAGUUUAGUGAAAUUUUUUUUGAAAAUAUCCAAAAUAAUUUCGUUUAGUCGAAAAUCAAAAAAGGUUGUACUAUUUUUUUUAUUUCUAAUAUUCUAACAGCAAACGCAAGUAACGCUUCAAAGAAUUUAUGUACAUAUGAAAUAUGUGAUUUUUGUGUAUACAUCUAUAAUCGUUUUGGUAAAAGGUAAUUUAAAAAAUAUAUAAACUAAUUUAUACGA